UAUCAACAUAUACUUACCCUUACGGAACAAACACCGGAUUCUGAUAAUGAAACUAGCCCACUGUUUUCCAGAGAAACGAUCAUAACCCUCGACUAUCGAAACAUUUCUAAGUCGAAGAAAGAGAUAAAAGGCGACUUGAACAAAAAGAAGAAGAAACAGCACGUUGAGGAAAUGGAAGAAGACGUGGAAAGCCGUGAUUGGUGGACGAGAUAUUUUGAAUCGGUAGAAGUUGCUACAAAAAAAGAGAAAGAAAGCAACCAUUUAUCCCCUGAACCACAUGAUAACAGAGAGGCGUCAUCACCCCUGGCUGCUGAUAGUGGACUACUUAGUCCAGAAGGAGGAAGUCAGCUGAGUGCUAAAGAUACGAAACGAAUGGAGAAGGAAUUAGAACGGUUAGAACAAGAGCAUAAUCUCUCUGAUUCGGAUAAGAAGUCCAGAUCCAUCAGAUCUACAUCAGCCACAGUUCGUCUUGUUCAGAGAUUGUCGCCGAAGUCCCAACGAAAGCAUAUCAAUAACGAAUCACUUCUGCAG